AUAAUGAUGGUACUAACUGUGAAUUUACGCUAAACCAAUUGGACUUAGACAGAAAAGUUGGACAAUUUUGUUUUGACGGAAGCACUUCAUUUCCCAUCACUGGCAACGUGUCAUGAGAAAGACGUCCGUCCAACCACAGAUUGGUGCUCACUUCGUUUGGUGUCACGGCUUAGCUGCCAAUCUGUCGCUUGUUGGUUCUACUGUUUCAUUGUGAGAGUACCAGAAUAGACCCACUACUGAACAACCCACAACCACGCGUCGUGUCAGGGCCGAAUUUGCGCAGGACGUGCGGGGAAAGCAACGACUAAGUCCUUCCCGGUAUUGCACCUUGACCUUGGCUCGUCGGAAGGGUAUUCAUCAUUUUUGUUUAAUUAUCGUCAAUACUGAAUUUGAGUGCAGCGAAAAUGGAGGCACUUGGGCAGCUCUGCAAACUAAUAUUUGUUGCCGGAUUGGUCCAAAGUGCUGUGUCGCAAGUGACCAUUGAAAACUGCCCAGGGAACAUUUACUCAAAGACAGGCGAAGCAGAAUGGGCUCUUCCUACAGCAAGGACUGACUCAGGACUCGGCGUAAAUGUUGAAUGCGAUCAUUCUCAUCAGCCCACACUGUACACGGCUUACACUACAAAAGUGGUUUGCACUGCCAAAGACUGGGAUGGUUACAUAGCGACUUGCAGUUUUAACAUAUAUUUACCGGACGGUGCUGGAUGCCCCAAGCGUCCAGACAACGCUAAUGACAAAUGUUCCUGUAGCAUGUACCGCCCCUUUUUCUAUCCUUGUGGGUGCAUUGACAGUUACAGCGGUCUGACAUGCCAAGUUCUAGAUGGCAACAAAUGCUCUACAAGCAACACCCCCUCGUCCUGUGAUUGCAACGCGGGCCCAUGCAGAUGCCACAAGGGGUUCAAAGGAGAAAGCUGCGAGCUUGAUUUCCAGGUUCCCGAGAUAAUCUGCCCCCAGGAUAUUUACACCGUUCAGAAAGCUGUCGUGCUUCCUGGCAACGACUCUUUCACUGCUACUGAUAAUGACGGGAAUCAAGUUGCCAUCGAAUGCAGCCCUCCCCUCGGCACUGUGGUGACAGCUGGUACAGGCAACACGACAGUACAUGGAGUAACCUGUUCGGCAAGGGACAGUGCCGGCAACAGAGCAGAUUGUUCGUUUAAAGUUGUAAUUGAUUUGGUUCCACCACGGAUUCCCUAUUGCCCCGGCAACAUGCAUACCAACGACUUCCGACACGAAUGGCCCGUGGAUAUGGCUGUAGACAACAGCCAUCCCACUCUUAACGUCACGUGUGAACCUGCGCCCGGUGAAGAACUCACCGACUACGUAACUAAUGUGAACUGCUACGUCCACGACAAGGCCGGUAACGCUGCCGAAGAGAACUGCACCUUCCAGAUAUACCUAGAUGGAGGUUCUUGCAAUAAUGGUGACAUCAACUGCGAAUGUGAUGGAAAUUCGUGUUCUUGUGCUGAUGGAUUUAGUGGUAUCGACUGCACAGUCGAAGACGGUAGCAUCUGCGCAUUCUCUGGUGAGCCGGGGCCAGGCUGUGUUUGUAAUGGUGUUUCCAAUUGUACGUGCAGAGAUGGAUUCAAGGGAGCAAGCUGUGAAAUUGACUUUAUGCCCCCUGAACUUUCAAACUGCCCAUUUGGAGAAAUUUGGUCGCGGAAAACUAUGGUGACUUACCGACCUAUGUGGACAAAGGAUAACAACCAUACUGAUGUUCCUACAACGGUCGUGUGUUACCCCGAAGAAGGGUCGGAGUUCCUCGCCUAUCGAACAGAUGUGACCUGCUCUGCUGAGGAUGCUUCGGGGAAUAAGGAAUUGGACUGCGAAUUCCCCGUAAUGAGAAUUUCAGGAAGUGGUUGCGAGUCAGACGGAAACAACUGCUACAAUUGUCAAAGUAGAUGUAGAUGCUUGCCUGGCUACGUUGGUCCAAACUGCCAAGUUUGUGGCACUUGUGAAAAUGGAGGCACCCGUGAAGAUCCAAACCAGUGUCAGUGUCAAUGCCCAACGUUGCAUCAUGGUCUGGACUGUGAUGAGUGCUAUGAGCCAAAUGCUGAUCACUGUAUGAACCAGGGCACCUUCAUUAUGGAUACAUGCAGUUGCGAAUGUGAAGGUGAUUGGACUGGCCGCCAUUGUGAGCAAAAACCUGGAGAGGAAUGUUCAAAUCUCUCUGCAAAUGACAGCCUGGGAUGUUCUUGUAGCAACGAAGAGUGCACGUGUAAGCCCGCCUACUCGGGACCCAAAUGCGACUCUUGUAAAGCUUGCCAAAAUGGUGGCAGCGACCAGGAGCCAGACAGCUGCGUCUGUAAUUGUCCCGGUUUCUACUUACCACCCAUCUGUUCAGAGUGUGAUACCAGUGCCGUAUGUCAGAAUGGAGGAACACUUGACGAAAUCACGUGUACUUGUCAUUGUGCUAGCGGCUGGAGAGGAGAGGAAUGCGCAGAUGAGGUGACUUUUGAACACAAAUGCCCCAUCGACAUCAUUAAACGACCGGACGAGGGCCAGACGACAGCUAAAGUUUCCUGGACUGGUCCAACGGAGUCUGGAGCAAACGUCGAUUGCCAACCAGCGAGCGGUAGCCAAUUCCCAGUGGGAACUACUCAGGUCACUUGCACAGCAAUCUACGCGGACCCCGGAACGAAUAGCUCAUCAUGCAGCUUUAAGGUUUUCAUCGAUGGAAGGGCUCCCCUGGUCAACUGCCCGCCUGACCUAGACCCCUAUCACCAACGGUGGAAGGACACUGCUCAGAUUUCAUGGGGAGGGGUCACGGCAGAAGAUGAGGUGUCUGGGACCAUUGCAGCCAGCUGCAUACCAAGGAGUGGUAGCGUCUUCCAACCUGGUGCGACCACUGUGGUGUGCACUGCGUUUGACCAGGCAAUGAACUUAGGAUUCUGCACUUUUGAAGUCACAGUGUACACUCGGGGUAAUACAAUCAGAUUUCCCACAACACUGAGCUGUGCAAAAUGUCAAGAGAACAAUCCAAACGGAAGGUGCAGAUACGAUGAGAAUGAAGAUGAGUAUGUCUGUUACUGCUCUAGUGGUUUUACGACAGAUGCCAAUGGCAAAUGUCAAGACAUUGAUGAGUGCAAUGAGGAGGGCCGUUGCGAACCCAAUGCGGAAUGCGUAAAUACCGUCGGCAGCUACAGGUGUGAAUGCUCCGACGGAUUCUUUGGGUCCGGCACUACCUGCAGAGAGUAUCCGUACCCAAUGUAUCCAGACAUUUCCAACCCGGAAGCUGAUAAAAGACCUCUCGAAAAAAUGUUUUCCGUUGAUGUAAGACUGGCCAGUGAAUCUAUGUUUGGUUGUGACCUUGCAAAUGAUCCCAUGUCAGAUGAUUGCCAGAUUCUUCAGACUGUUUUCAACCAAAAGUUACGGGAAAAGUACACUGAGUUUUCCCCAGCACUCCUUCAAAUUAUAUUUGACCAGAACAGAAUGAGAGCGGGCAGCUUCGGCCACGUGGCAGUGUACGACUAUUCGCGAUUGUCGACGAGUCAAAGGGCAACAUCUGCUCAAGUGUUUUAUGACCAAACACUGGCCUCCAGUGUCACAGAUGGAGACCUAGGAGGCUUGAAACUUGUAAGCGAUUGCACAGAAUGCAACCCUCCGAAGGAGUUGACAAAUCUGUGCGGCAACUCCCUUGAAAAGCCCAAUUGCGGAGACGGAUUCUUCUUAAAAGAGAUGAAGGCUGAGGACGAUACAAGCUGCCUCUUCGUUUGCGAAUCACUCUGCUCUACGGAAUUCUGCAAUGCUGGUACAUGCACGCACCACCCUCCUUACGAACCCAAGUGCAGAUGCCCUUCGAAUACAGUGGGACCUCAGUGCGAACCUGUUACUGUCACAGACGGGGGAGGUGACAACGGUGACAAAAAUACCCCGGCAAACCUCACAGUCAUCAUUGCCUGCUCAGUGACAGGGGGCGUCCUUCUUCUCCUCAUCCUGGCAGCCAUCGGGUAUUUUGUCUUCAGAAGAAAUAAGAAUGCAAAAAAGGACAUAUAUCAUGAAAAAAGUGGUCACAUCAAUGAAGACUUUGCUAUGGAAAAAAGUGUUGAUAGUAAACAACUGUAGAAUAGAAGCGAACUUCCUUGCUUACUGGUUUGGGAUUGUAUUUACAGAACAAAUGAAACUCUUCCUGAAAUUAAUAUAGGGCUAACUCCAGUGCUCACUGGAUAUACGUAGUUUUUAUGAUGACCUUUGCAGAGAGGCACCGAAGCAUUUGAUCAUUUGAUUGGAGCGAGUCAACAAAAUGGCGCUGGACUUUUUAGAUGUUUGGAGGUCUCACAUUUUACGGGAGAGGCCAAUGUAGAUAUGUCGAUUGUCAAUAUGAACAAUUGUUUUCUAUGGUUUCGAACCAUUUUACUCUUUUUCCAUAUAAUUUAUAAUUCUAAUGCAACAGUUUCUCCUUACCUUCCGGAUAUUUGUCGUUUGGCCUUUACCUAUACCCAGUAUUCCAAUAAAUUAUCAAUUCAGAGAUUUGAGAACAACUGAUGUAUUUUCACCGAUAUGUUUAAUAGACAUUAAAAACUAAUUCAGCUCUGAUUCGUUGUUUAACUUUCAUUCAUUAAACAGUUCAGUUCUGCCAGUUCAAAUAUUCAGCAUUUUCUUCUCCCUCUCUCUCUUUUCUGCACGUUGUAUACGGAAAUUUAAUAAUUUCAAAACAAGCAUUCAAUUUUAAUGAUAUGAUUAUACCUACAUCUGCACAUGCUGUUUAAUAUAGAAGUACAUCCUUGGUUCAUUUUUGGAGUACUUGUACCAGACAGUCCCUCUGCAGUCAGCUGAUGUCGUUCCCAGAAAUUCCUAUUAACUUCCUUUAGGAAAAUCUUUCGCAGUAGUUAGUUAUCUCGGCAUGUAUUUGAAGUCAUUGUGACUGUAUUUUAAUGUGGAAUAGGUGUUAAUACGUCUUUCAUAUCGUUGUACAGUUUUUGUUUUCAAAAGACCCAUCUUGUUUGUAGACGAAGUUCGUAGAACAACCUAUCUUGUUUCUAAACCAAGUGUAAUUUUUUGAAUGACUUAUCAUAUUGUUCCGCUUCACGUGUUUUUCUGUUAGAAUAAUGUUUUCUGCAUUUAAAGAUCCAUUAAAACGUCUAUUCACCUAAGGAUAUUAA